AUGAAAGAGCCCCGGAUCUGGAUAUCAUUUCUAUUCUUGGCUCUGCUGGGCUCUGUGGAGGCAUCCACAUCCCUAAUAACCAUCACGGAGACUGGCCAGAGCACCGUGACCGAGACCACUACCAGCGUUUAUCCCAUCAUCAUCACUACCAGCUCCUGUUCGGUGGAAAGCACUCCUCUGACCAAGUCUUGCCAGAAUGGAGUCUGGAGUGUGGGCUCUCUGUACUACUCUGCGAGCUGUGGAGGCAUAUCUCUUUCCGGCGCAACCCAAAUCCGCGAUUAUUCAAAUAUCCCUUAUUCGGAAUGCUAUCAAUUCUGCACCGCUGUUUCCUCUUGCUCAGGACUCUAUCUCUACACUUAUGAAGGACUCGGCGCUGAGAGUACCUACUGCUACUUGGUAAGCGGCUCACCAACCCCAGUGACAGCUGCUGCGUCGAUCUCAGCCAUUGAUAUUUUCACUACCAAUCCAUGUGCUGUGGAAAUGGUCACUUCAACAACACGUACCACUGAAACAGUGGUGUUGACAAUUGACUAUACUACGCUCUUUACCUCAACUGUUAUUGUUUCGACCCGGACCCCGACCCCGACUCCUUCUCAGACACGGAUUUCAUCGCCAGUGACAUCUAGCACGACUCAAUCUUCCGCCUCGGCAGUCUCUUCAUCCAGCUCUGUAUCCGUCAAGGUUUCAUCUGUUCCUUCCAAGUCUUCUGCUGCAAGUUCUUGGUCAUCAUCACACACUGCUUCCCCAAACUCAUCCUCCAGUUCUGCAUCUGUCAAGGCUUCAUCCAUCCCUCCUAAGGGGUCAUCCUCAAGCUCAUUACCGAGCUCCUCUUCUUCCAUUGGAAUCAUAUCCCCUUCUUCAUCACCUCACCAACCUUCGACGAGUUUGCGAUCAUCAUUGGUAUCCUCACAAACGCUACAAGCAUCCUCAACCAGUUCUACGAGUCUUUUGGGAGUUAUUGUUGCAUCUCAAUCGUCUUCCUUGGAAAUGCAGCCUUCCUCUCUCCGCAAUUCCGCCUUUACCAAGCCCUUUGAAGCUUCAACCAGUAGUACUGUGAAUGCUCAGACUACAUCUAUUCCAGGCAACGCUCCUAGUCGCAUACCAGCGAGCGCUGACCUCACUACCGAAACUAGCUAUACCACUGUCAUCUCGACCGUCUACCAGUGCCCAUUGACAGUGAAAGAUUGCCCCUUUUCCAUAAAGACUCCCUCCCCAGUGACACACACAAUUCCCACUGCUACGUCUAUUUACUCGAUUCAUACCUCUACUGUAUAUGAAACCCGCACCCAUUCUAUUAGUGUGUGUCCACCGUGGAAAGAGAAAUGCCAGCCGUCUGACAUGAUUACCUCUGUGUCCACUGAGACUAGCGAGGCUUAUACGACUACAGUUCGAGUUCCAGUAGAAGCACCGAUCCCUACUGGUGCAAUUAUCGAUGUGGAAACCAGCUCUCGAGAUGACGGUGUCACUCUGACCGUUCAAGUGACAGAGGUUGUGACAGUCUUGGCCUGUCCUGCUUAA